AAUUCAAAUUUUUAAUUCAGCUUGGAAAUUAGCACCAGCCCUAGCUAUGGGCAACACAGUCAUUUUGAAGCCAGCUGAACAGACUCCAUUAACGGCUCUAUAUGUUGCUAAUUUGAUUAAAGAGGCUGGCUUCCCUCCUGGAGUCGUUAAUAUAGUACCUGGUUAUGGACCAACUGCUGGAAAGGCAAUUGCUACACAUCCUAAAGUUGAUAAAGUUUUAUCUUUUUGCUUCAUGUUUUUAUUUUUUGCUUUAUAUUUUUGUAUUUUCUUUUUUCAUUUUGAUCUUUUGCUUCCAAUUUUAUUUUUCUGUUUCGACUUCAUUUUUUCGCUCCUUAUAUCUCCUUGCUUCAACAUUCUUUCUGUUUUUCUUUGCUAUAACUUGUACUUUAAAUGGUCGAAGCAAAAAUUUUAUGCUUCAAGUUUUUUUAUUUUUUGCUUCAAGUUUUCCUUUGCUUCAAUUUUUUCUUUUUUGCUUCAAGUUUAUUCGAAGCAAAAAUUUUUUGCUUCAAGUUUCUUUCCUUUGCAUCAAUUUUUACUUCAAGUCUUUUGAAGCUUUUUUGCUUCAAGUUUUUUCCUUUGCUUCGAUUUUUACUUCAAGUUUUUUCUGAAGCAAAAAAAUUUUUUGUUUCAAGUUUUUUCCCUUUCUUGCUUCUAUUUUUUCUUUUUUGCUACUAGUGUUUUUCCUUUCAAUUUUUUUGCUUCAAAUUUUUUUUCAUUUUUUUGCUUCAAGUUUUUUUGAAGCGAAAAUUUUUUCUUUUUUGCUUCAAUUUUUAUUAUUUUUUUGCUUCA